AUGGAAGUAACAUGUGAUCCUCCUCAUGUUGCAAGUUUCUUCACACCUGAAAGGACUAUACACAGAAGUGAAGAUAAAAUCACCUACCACUGUAAAACUGGCUUUUAUCCUUCAACCCAGGGAAAUACAGCAAUAUGUACUGGCAGUGGCUGGGUACCUGUUCCAAGAUGUGCUUUGAAACCCUGUGAUUUUCCACAUAUAAAACAUGGAUAUCUAUAUAAUGAAGGCUAUUAUAGACCAUACUUUCCAGUAUAUAUAGGAAAAUAUUACUAUUACUACUGUGAUCAGAAUUUUUUGACUCCUAAAUGACACAACGGUGGUUACAUUGCAUGCACAAAAGAAGGAUGGUCACCAGCAGUACCAUGCCGCCGACAAUGCUAUUUCUAUUCUAUUGAAAAAGGACAUGCUUCAAAUGAAAGCUACACAUAUUUAGAGAAUGAAUUCAUAAAUGUUGUGUGCAAUCCUGGCUACAGUCUUCCAAAUGAACAGACAAAAAUUACAUGUACAGAGAAUGACUGGUCCCCUACUCCCAGAUGCAUCCGUGUCAAAACAUGUUCGAGAUUAGAUAUUGAGCAUGGGUUUUUUUCUGAAUAUGAGUAUACAUAUCCCUUAAAUAAACAAACACAAUAUAAGUGUAAAGAAGGAUAUGUAACACCAGAGGGUGAAACCUCAGGGUCGAUUACGUGUUUACAUAGCGGAUGGUCAGCUCAGCCCACAUGCAUUAAAUCUUGUGAUAAGCCAGUAUUUGAGAAUGCCAGGCCCAGAAGAGAUGACACCUGGUUUAAGCUCAAUGACAAGUUGGACUAUGAAUGCAACGAUGGAUAUGAAACCAGAGACGGAAGCACCACAGGCUCCAUAGUAUGCGGUGAGGAUGGUUGGUCCAAUACACCCACAUGUCUCGAAAGGUCAUGCAGUGUUCCAAAGAUAGGAGAAGAUUUAGAUGCUAACCCCAAGAAAGAUAUUUUUAAAGUUGGAGAAGUGUUGAAAUUCUCCUGCAGAAGAAGACUUACAAUUGUUGGAGCAAACUCAGUUCAAUGCUACCAUUUUGGAUGGUCCCCAAAUAUACCAACAUGUAAAGGGGAAGUAAAAUCUUGUGGUCCACCUCCUCAACUUACCAAUGGGGAAAUUAAGGAGGAAAGAAAAGCAGAAUAUGGACACAGUGAAGUGGUGGAAUACGAUUGUAAUCGCAGAUUUCUACUGAAAGGGCCCAAGAAAAUUCAAUGCAUUGAUGGAGAAUGGACACCUUUGCCUAUAUGUUUAGAGGAAGAGAGAACGUGUGGAGAUAUACCUGUCCUUGAGCACGGUGAUGUGCUGUCCUCUUCCCCUCCCUAUCACCAUGGAGAUUCAGUGGACUUCAAUUGCAGAGAAACAUUUACAAUGAUUGGACACAGAUCGAUUACAUGUAUUCGUGGAAUGUGGACCCAACUUCCUCAGUGCAUUGCAACAGAUCAACUUAAGACAUGUAGUAUAUCAAGAUCAAUUGUACCUGAAGCAAAACUGUCACAUAUGUUUGAAGUUAAUCAUAACACAAAAUUAAGUUACAAAUGUAAAGGAAACUCACAAAAUCAACAAUCAGUCUGCAUAAAUGGAAUAUGGGAUCCUGAAAUAAACUGCAUAGGAGAAAAAACACCAUUGUGCCCACCUCCACCUCAAAUUCCCAAUACUGAAACUAUAACAACCACAGUAAAUUAUCAGGAUGGAGAAAAAAUAUCUGUCCUCUGUCAAGAAAAUUAUCUAAUUCAGGAAGCAGAAGAAAUUGUGUGCAAAGAUGGAAAAUGGCAGUCAAUACCACGUUGUGUUGAAAAAAUACCAUGUUUUCAACCACCUCCUAUUGAACAUGGAACCAUUCAAUCAUCUAGAUUUUCAGAAGAAAUGGAAGAAACAUCCAACCCCAGGCUUUACAGACAUGGCACUAAGUUAAGAUAUAUCUGUGAAGAUGGUUUCAGGAUAUCUGAAGAAGACGAGAUAACAUGCCACAUGGGAAAAUGGAAUUCCAUACCUCAGUGUGUAGCAUCCUCCGCUGUACGUUCUCAGACUGCUCAUCCCCGUUCCUGGAACACAGAUAUUUUCUGUGCGAAUCCACCUGUAGUGGAAAAUGCUUAUAUUAUAGCAAGGUCUUUAACUAGAUACCCACCUGGUGAGAGAGUACGUUAUGAAUGCAUCAAACCUUUUAAUCUAUUUGGGGAAGUAGAGGUGACAUGUCUAAGAGGAACCUGGACGGAACCACCUAAAUGCAGAGAUUCCAAAGGAAAAUGUGGGCCCCCUCCAACUAUUGACAAUGGAGAUUUAACCUCAUUUCCACAAUGGGAAUACGCUCCAGGAUCAGCAGUGGAGUAUCAAUGCCAGGCCUACUAUGAACUUCAGGGUAACGCACGUGUGACGUGUAGAAACGGAGAGUGGUCAGAACCACCAAAAUGCUCAGGGGCAUGCGUAGUAUCACCAGAUAUCAUGAAUGAACAUAACAUAGAGUUAAAAUGGUCAUCUAAGCAAAAACUGUAUUCCAGAACACAUGAUAUUAUUGAAUUCCGGUGUAAAUAUGGAUAUAUCCCACAGACACCAACAAGUCCCUUCCGAACAAAGUGUCAGGAAGGGAUAGUAACAUAUCCCAGGUGUCGUAAAAAUGACAUCUGGUAUCCAUAAUAUUAAAAUAAUUCCAUUUAUUCUGAAUUUUUGCAUUAUUAAUCCAGUUCAACUCUAUUUUAAUUUUCAUGUGUUAACUGAUUUUUAUUGAUAUCAGAAUUUGUGUUAAAUAUGAAGUGGAUGAUGUAAUUAUAAACAGAGAGACCGGUGUCUCACUUCUUAAAUGUUCUACAUUAAAACUUGACAAACAAUAA